AUGAGCUGUUUCCUCAAAAGAGAUCGAAACUGUCCCCGGAAGUGUUCUCCACCAAAUGGUGCAAACCAGUCUGAUGACAACACCAAGCUCAAGAUUGCAAUUGUUGGUUUUGGCAACUUCGGACAGUUUCUUGCAAAAACUUUUGUGAGUCAUGGUCAUCGAGUGUUGGCAUACUCUAGAUCAGAUUACACUCACGUGGCUCAAGAAUUGGGGGUUUCAUAUUUCAAUAACAUUGACGAUCUUUGUGAACAACAUCCAGAAGUGAUUUUACUUUGCACUUCAAUCCUUUCCACAGAAAAAGUUCUUAAAUCAUUGCCCGUGCAAAGAUUGAAGAGAAGUACUUUGUUUGUGGAUAUACUUUCUGUCAAGGAAUUUCCUAGAAACUUGUUUCUUCAUCAUUUACCACAUAAUUUUGAUAUUCUCUGCACUCAUCCUAUGUUUGGGCCUGAGAGUGGAAAAAAUGGGUGGAAUGGUCUUGCUUUUGUUUAUGAUAAAGUUAGAAUAGGAAUAGAUGAAUCAAGAACAUCACGGUGUGAUCGGUUUCUUGACAUUUUUGCUAGUGAAGGGUGCCGAAUGGUUGAAAUGUCAUGUGCUGAACAUGAUUGGCAUGCAGCUGGAUCACAAUUUAUCACGCAUACUACCGGAAGAUUUUUAGAAAAACUGGAGUUGGAGAGAACGCCAAUUGACACAAAGGGCUAUGAGACUUUGUUGAGUUUGGUGGAAAAUACUGCUGGAGAUAGUUUUGAUCUAUACUAUGGUUUGUUCUUGUAUAAUAUAAAUGCCAUGGAGCAAAUAGAAAGAUUUGAUCGGGCUUUUGAGUCUGUGAAGAAGCAGCUUUUUGAUCGUCUGCAUGGCUUCUACCGACAGCAAGUAUUUAAACAUGAAGAAAAACUCCCAUGAUUUACCAGAGAGGCCUAUGUUG